CGGGGUCAAUGGAAUAAUUGCCCCUUGUUAAAGUCAUGCUGUUAGCAAGGACGGCUCAUGAAACCUUGUUACGGAUUCUCCUCUUCCCGGCGGGAUCUUUCCGACAGUCUCGGCCCGAUGCUUCCGAGGUCCUAACCCAGCACCUCCUCCAGAGGAACCUGCCGCACUGGACCUCUUUCUGCGUGAAGUACAGCACCGUGAACAAUGACCAGUUUGCUUUAUCUAACUUCAACUGGGAAGUGAAAGGCACAAAUUAUCAUAUCCUCCGAACCGGCUGCUUCCCAUUUAUUAAGUAUCACUGCUCCCGUGCUGCCCCCCAGGACCUGCGUCUCUUCAACCACUUCUUUACCAGUCUGAAAGCCAUAAAUCUAGGGAUCCCCACUCUUAUGUAUGGCUUGGGAUCCUGGCUAUUUGCAAGAGUAACAGAGACUGUCCCUACCGGCUGCGGCCCAGUGACCAUCUACUUCCUGAUCAAGGAGGAUGAAGGAGCGAUGUUCUGAAGCCGGAUACAAUCUUCUCAUU